AUGAAUAUGUCUGAACAUUCUGAUGAAUUCAAACAAUGGUCAAAGACAUUCAUUGAAAUUUGCAUCCCUUCGCCAAUUCUUGAACUGGGUAUGCAUGUCUACGAUACGCCAGGCUUUCUUGGAUCGGACGCACCAAUUCUACGCGAGAAUUUACUUGCAUUAGUGGCCAGUGUUCAUCCAACCUUGGUUUUUCUCUAUGAUAAUCCAACCGGGUCUGAUGAUUCACGUAAAUGCUACGAAGAACUUAAACUUGCUCUUCAUAGUCACUCCAUGGGUGCUGAUAUUUUCUUUCUCAAUACAAAAGCCGAUGUGGCUGUCAUACGUAGGGAUGCAAACAAUAAUGAUGAUAAUGAUGAUGAUGACGAUGAUGAUGAGACACUGCUGAACACAGAACGAUUGCGUUGUUACGACCUUCUUAUGAAAGUUGACGAAAUGAAAGGUGAUGUUCAUCAUCGAAUUGAGCACAAUGAAGCACCAUCAUUCAAUAAAUGUUAUUCAUUCGAUAUUUUCUCAAACGUAGCACCUAACGAUCCGAUGGAACAAGCAAUGAAACGUCAUGCAAUCGAUCGAAUCAUUCAUUUUGCUGCCGAACAUGAUUUGCGACUAACGAAAUACAUCAUCAAUAUUGUACACACUGCUAUUGAUGCAUUCUUCGAUUUUAUUCUAGUUACAAAUCGCCGUUCACUCGUCGAGUGGAACAGAUUACGUGAUGAUGCACUAGAAUGGGGUGAGAGUUUCUUCAGGCAAUACAGAUCCAUCGUUGAUAAGAUUGCCAACGAAGCCAAUCGACGUUUACCACAACGUUUUCGUGAGAAGCGUCCUGCUAUUGAAACAAGAGCUAUCAAAGACUGUGAAAUAAGAGGAAUUCAAUGGGAUGAAAGACUUGAAAUACCGGACAGUCAUCAUGGAUCUAGACCAGAUAUGAAUGAGGAAGAUGUCUUAGGUAGUGGUGGAUUUUUCACUGUUCAUCCAGCAUCAUAG